GUUAAAAAAUUGGAACUUGAUGCGACACUAUUGAAAUAUUCGGAUCGUAUACGUUUCUAUUAUGGAACAAGCGAUGCAUGGUGUCCACUUGAAUUUGGUUAUGAAAUGAGGAAAAGAUUAGGAGAUGAAUUAGUUUCCAUAGACGAUUCGGAUUGUAAGCAUGCAUUCGUGAUCAGCGAUAAUGAAGUGAUGGCACGUAAAGUGGUCGAUUGGAUAAUUGCAUGA